AUGUGCAACCCACUAUCCGAUCCGAAGAUGAUGCACGAAAUCCACGACAAUGUUGUGGCAGGCGGAAGCGGCGCGAUGGAGGAAAACGAGGCCGGCGGGAAUGGGGGUGCAGAGGUCGAUAUGGACGAUUGUGGCUCCCUCGCUUUACCUCCCGACCUGCCACCAUACUCCGGGGACUACAUCAUCAGCGACUAUAUGGAACGUCUUGGUACACGGCUUAAUAUUCUCGAGACGGAGCUCAAAUACGCCUGGCGGGCUCUAGAUUUAUUAAGUCAAGAAUACGUUAGAAUGUGGGAGCGACUUGAGAGAUUGGAGACGUUACUUGCAGAUCAACAGGGUGUAAUAUCAACAUUACUCGACUUUUACACUUGUCGAACUGUCAACUCUAGAGACCCUAUUACACGAUUAGAAGUAAUUGGAGAGAUUUUAGGAAACGGCACAGUUGAAGAUGGUAUAGAAGAAGGCUUGGAUAUUGGAAGAAGUUCAAUAUUACUUAUACCUCAGGACGAGGUAAUGGAAUCAAAUGAAGCAUUUUAUAAGAGUUUGAACCAAGCUUAUCGGGACGAUCUUGUAUACGAUGAAACAUCUAGACCACCAUCACAGUUGGACAUGAUCUGGGAAGCUCCAGAAGAACCAGACAUAGAAAUUAUGCCUACAAGCUCUAGACAAAUGUACAGUUCUACGGAUUAUAAGCAUUACUGUGGUAUCAAAGGUGGACCUGAAAGGGAGAGAGAUUUAGAUCUGUCUUCUUUAAAUACAAUAGAGCAAAUUACAGUAGAUAAAUUACAUGAAUUAGAUAGAUUGACCAAUCAAUUACACAAAGAUUCCAGGGAGUUAAAAGACUUGAAAAGCAGGCUUCUAAGCCCUAACUCAAAAAUAACAAAACAUGACAGGGAAAUAGAAGCUAAAGCAUUGGUCGAAGAUGGUCAUAUAAUAAAUGAACAACUAAAAGGUGUAUACUCAGGGGGUGAUAACUGGGCAAUUAACGAUAUGAUGAAAAGUUUUGAUGAUUUCAUUCUGACAACACCUAAAGAUGCUAUAGUCAGAGAAAAAUCUCCAUCUAGAUUAUCACUCACAGAUACUAGUACAGACAGAACAAUAGAUUAUUUGCAACCCAGUCUUUCACCUCGCCGAAAGUUUGUGCCCGAAAGAACAACAACAGAGCCAUAUACAACUGUAACUGGUCGUCUAGCUUAUAGUUCGGCUGUUGCAAAUGCUGAGAUAAAUGCAGCUAAAGCAUCCAAGUCACCUAGUGCACUAUCAAGAGAUCGAUUUGAAUAUAAUUCAACGUACCAAGUAACUGAUACUUCCAGACAAAUGUAUUUUUCUAGCAAAGGCUUAUCUCAGCCUUUAAAUGAGAUUUAUAAAUCAAGCUCUGAACAACAUUCUCCCCUGUCAAUUGAUGAAAUAUAUAACGGACCUAGCGCUAAUGAGUUAAUUUAUGAGGAAAACAGACUUAGGCAAUCUCCUAGUCCACCACCACCCGCACCACCAAAUGGAACGAAUGGCUUUCCUUCGAUUGAAAAUAACAACGAACUAGUUGUUCAUCAACAAAUGCUGUCAACCAGCAGUGUUUUACCACAUGAUGCUAUGCGUCUGAGUCCCAGAUCUCCAAAAUCUCCAAAAACAUCGCCUAAACGUUUAAAAAGAGAUUCAGUAAACAUAGUGGCUGCAAAAUCUGAUUCAGGAUUGUCAUCGAUGAGUGGAUGGUCAAGUUUGGAAAAAAGUCCAGGGUCCCCUAAGACAGGGAGAAUCGCACAUGGAAGUCACGACUCACAUAAAAUAAAAGUUCCUUCCUCGCCGCAAUCUGUACAGAGAAUAACUUACGAGCUCGAUUCUAAGCCAUAUAUAGAGACACUGGUCGAUUCUUACCUUUAUGAGGACAAAGAUACAACGAGUGAUUACAACUUAAGAAAAAUUAAUAAUAUGACAAAAGAAAUCAGCUCUAGAGAUCUCAGUAAACUGCAAGGAAAAGUCGAUAACGAUUAUACGAAAAACGAUAUUCCGUAUUCCUUAACUGAUCAAAUAACUCAAACAAGUAAUAUUGGAGAAUAUUAUUAUAGCAACGAAGCGCCUUCAAUAUAUUCUGUAGCAGGAAACAGGCAGCCAAUAUUUACAACUGUAUAUUCAACUCCAAGAGGAAUGUUAUCUGAAGACAGAAGUUUUUCCGAAUUAUUAGAUAGAAAUGAAAUUACCGAAUCUGUUGCAAGGCCUGCAGUAGAUUCAUAUCCUCCCGAACCCAGUUAUCAUGCUCAAACUGUUGUAAUAUCAGCAGCCAAUAUUACCAAACGUCCUCUAAUUAGGGCUAAUACAAUGGGUGCAAAUGAUCCACACUUUUAUCAAAAUGGCUUUAAAGGAAAUCGUUCUGGAUACCCACCUCCUGGUAACCUAACAGAUGCUCUUUCAUAUUACCCAACAUCCAGUAGAUACGAUUCACCUAAGAGAGCAUCUUUAGAAGAUCAGCUUUCAUGGCAAGGUGGCAAUAGGUCCCCAACUAGCUCCAUGGAAACAUCGAGCCUAAAAUCGCAUUCGCUAAGUAUAGCUGAAAGAAAACAAUUUCAAAAUCAACUUCAACAAGAAUAUUUUAAACAACAACAAUAUGACCAAAGAAACGGCAACGUAAUGUAUGAAAAUGAAGAAUACGAAAAACAAGCGAUGCCAGAACAUGCUAAAAUAAGAAAGGAACAGUAUGUAGAUUCUAGUGGCAUAUUGGUAUCUGAAUCGGGAUAUUUAUCCAUUUCCAAUAACUACAAAGGAAAUAAACCGCAGGAUAAGCAACCUAAAAAACCAAAACGUACUUCUUCCUUAAAGUCUGCUAUGUCCUCCAUGACUCACUGGUUACCCGAUUUACACCUACCUAAGAAACAUAGAUCGCAUUCACUACCUUCAGGCGUAGACACAGAAGAACCAGCGCAGCAAGAAAAGUCAUUAAAAGAAAGGAUUUUAUCUGCACAGAGAAGGAAAAAGAAAUAUCAUCUUGUAGCAUCGAUGUCAGGAUUAUUACAAAAAGCGAGAAGAAAACAACAAGCUAGUCAUCAAUCUCUAUCAGAUCCAGAGACCUCAGAAACUGAAUGGUCUGGAGGUCGUUCCAGUGCUCAGUCAGAAGAUAGUGACAGCGUAUUUUCAGAUAGUACUCAUGAAAGUAAUAUGUUUGCAAAAGUAGCACCUAAAGCUAAAAGGAAGAUUAACAAUCAAGAAAUAGUAGAACAACAACAAAUGAUACAGGAACGGAUACAAGAACAAAGAUUAGAAAUCCGUGAUGAUAACUCUGAAUGCAUAAUGGAAGAAAAUGAAAAACUUACAAUAAACACAGCUCUACCUCGAGACAAAAGUGAUGAUAUAGAUUUUCAUUUUGCACGAGUUAGUCAGAUGAAAAAAGAUACCAACAAUAUACCGAAGUUAGAAAAAUUGGACAUUGAUACAGAUAUAUCAAACAUCGAUUUGUUUGAAGAAGAUGAAAAAACUAAUGACCAAUCUCCUGGAGCCCUCUUUGCUACAAUUGGUGAUGUGAAAAAAGCAACCAAUGUUUCUGACGAUGGUUUGAGUGAGAGUAAUAAAUCCUAUAGUGGCAGUUCACAAGAGUUUGCAGUAUCUCGCGCCUUGGGAAAAUAUCGGCUUCGAAAAUCAACAUCAGUGUCUGAUGAACAUAUUUCAGAUACUUCACCUCCAAAAUGUGAAAUUGAACAGGAAGAUAUAAACGAAGAGUUUGAAGUUCAGAAAGAAAAGAAAAUUCGUAAAGCAAGUACUCCUGAAAUCAUAAAUUCUGUAACGGAAGAAAUGAGUACUUUGCCAGAAAGAAGUCCAUCUAUUCAAAGUACUCGCGGACUGCCCAAUAAAUUUCAGCCGCGUCAUCAACAAAGCUUAGAAAUACCAAACAAACAUGACGAUGAUGAUAGCAGAAGUACACAUUCUUGGAGAAGUGGUUCUCGAGUAUCAUCAAGAAGACAAAGUACUGAAGAUAGUAUUGAUUCUGAAGAUGAAUGGUACUGUUAUGAAUUAAGAAAACUAGAAGAAAUGGAGCAUCAAUCGCAACUAGAGGCAGAGAGACAUCAAACAUUGCCAGAAGAGCCAGAGUUUGAAGAUAUAGAAGAAGAAACAAAUGAUGAUUUGAAGGACAAAAUGUCAUUUGUAUUAAGAGAAUUAAAACUAAAAACAGCUAAUGCAAAGCAAAAGUAUGAUGAAUCUCCAAUAAAAGAUACGUGGAAAGAUAUAACCACAUUUCCUGUUAUUGAGGAAACUGUUGAUGAUAUCGAACAAAAAGAAUCUUAUGAUGAAAAGUCGUUUGAUGAUUCUGGGUCUGGGGAAACAUCAGGACCCGAUAGUCCCGUGCAGAGUGGCGAUGAACUUGAUGAAGAUUAUGAUAUGCCGGAAUUCCACCAAGAAUUAACUCCUAUUGAAGAACCUCCACCUCAACAGGAUGCUCCAGUCGGCAGCAAGUGGAAACUCCUUAAAGCUCUGAAAGACAGAAAAGCAGAGGAUAAAGCAUCAGAGACACCUGCUGCUACAACGCCCUCCACUGAAAAAGAUAAAGUCAGCGCAGGCAAUGGGUCCGGUGGAUUUAGCGAACAAGGAGGCCGAGGAAAUGGGCAUCCCGGUGAUAACCCCUUCUACAGCAAUAUCGACAGCAUGCCAGACAUCAGGCCCAGGAGGAAAUCGAUACCGCUCGUCUCGGAACUUACCAUGGCGGCAGGAAUGGCGAAGCGAAAUGCAGGUUUAGCAUCGGCUGUGCACCGGGCCACGUUGAACGAUGAGGAACUGAAAAUGCACGUUUACAAGAAGACCUUGCAAGCACUUAUAUAUCCAAUAUCUUCAACGACGCCCCAUAAUUUCGUUCUAUGGACUGCAACAUCCCCCACUUAUUGUUACGAGUGCGAGGGGCUUUUAUGGGGAAUUGCAAGGCAAGGUGUCAGGUGCACAGAAUGUGGGGUCAAAUGCCAUGAAAAAUGCAAAGAUUUGCUCAAUGCUGAUUGUCUACAGAUGUGUUUCGCAGGAGCGGCGGAAAAGUCUUCUAAACAUGGCGCUGAAGAUAAAGCUAAUUCAAUCAUCACAGCUAUGAAAGAAAGAAUGAAACAGAGGGAACGAGACAAACCGGAAAUUUUUGAACUCAUCAGACGCGUGUUCAGCAUCGAUGAAGAUCCACACUCAGCGCACAUGAGCACAGUGAAGCAAUCAGUCCUCGAUGGCACAUCAAAAUGGAGCGCCAAGAUCGCCAUCACAGGUUCGAUGACGCGGACUUUUAACGUCGACCCAGACACACACAUUGACAGUCUAGAACAGGCCAAGCAAGUCACUAUAGAAGGAACAUCAAAGUGGUCUUGCAAGAUCGCCAUUACAGUUAUCUGUGCUCAAGGGCUCAUCGCAAAGGAUAAGAGCGGAACUUCCGACCCCUACGUUACUGUCCAAGUCAGCAAAGUCAAAAAGCGAACAAGAACUAUGCCUCAGGAAUUAAAUCCAGUGUGGAAUGAAAAGUUUUACUUUGAGUGCCACAACUCAUCUGACCGUAUAAAAGUGAGAGUAUGGGAUGAAGACAACGACCUAAAAUCAAAACUUCGACAGAAAUUGACAAGAGAAUCUGACGACUUCUUGGGACAGACAAUAAUUGAGGUCCGGACCCUGUCGGGUGAGAUGGAUGUUUGGUAUAAUCUGGAGAAGAGGACGGACAAGUCAGCUGUUUCAGGAGCCAUCAGACUGCACAUUAACGUUGAGAUCAAGGGUGAAGAGAAGGUGGCGCCUUAUCACGUCCAGUACACCUGUCUACACGAGAACCUAUUUCACUAUCUUUGUGAAGAUAACGGCGGUGCAGUCACGUUGCCAGCUGCUAGAGGUGACGACGCGUGGAAAGUAUAUUUCAACGAUAUACCCGAGGAGAUCGUAGACGAGUUUGCAAUGAGAUAUGGUAUUGAAGCCAUUUAUCAAGCAAUGACCCACUUUCACUGCCUCUCGACAAAAUACCUAUGUGCCGGAGUACCAGCCGUCAUGUCUACUUUACUCGCCAAUAUUAACGCUUAUUAUGCUCAUACUACCGCCUCGUCUGCAGUAUCUGCUUCUGACCGAUUUGCUGCAUCUAACUUUGGGAAAGAGAAGUUUGUCAAACUCCUGGAUCAGUUACACAACUCGCUUCGAAUCGACUUGUCGAUGUACCGAAACAAUUUUCCUGCGUCAAGUGCUGAGAAACUCAUGGAUCUUAAGUCUACUGUGGACCUCCUCACCAGCAUCACGUUCUUCAGGAUGAAGGUCCAAGAACUAAGCAGUCCACCCCGAGCCAGUACUGUAGUCAAAGAUUGUGUGAAAGCCUGUCUAAGAUCAACAUAUCAGUUUCUGUUUGAAAAUUGUUAUGAGCUGUACAAUAGAGAAUUUCAGGUGGAUCCAAAUGAAGCCAAGCGUGAUCCUGCCGAUCAUGGGCCACAGUUAGAUUCCGUGGAUUUCUGGCAUAAACUAAUCGCUCUUAUCGUAUCUGUGAUAGAAGAAGACAGAAAUAGCUAUGCACCUGUUCUUAACCAGUUCCCGCAGGAAUUGAAUAUUGGGCAGCUGUCAGCGGCUACGAUGUGGUCAUUGUUCGCAGUUGAUAUGAAGUACGCUUUAGAGGAACACGAACAACAUCGUCUUUGUAAAUCUUCAGCCUAUAUGAAUUUACAUUUCAAGGUGAAAUGGCUACACACGAACUAUGUAAAGGAUGUUCCACCGUACUGCGGCGCCGUACCAGAAUACCCAGCAUGGUUUGAACCCUUCGUUAUGCAGUGGCUCAACGAAAAUGAUGACGUGUCUCUUGAGUACCUAAAUGGAGCCUUCAAUAGAGAUAAGAGGGAUGGGUUCCAAAAAUCCAGCGAACACGCACUCUUCAGCAACUCGGUUGUAGACGUGUUUACACAACUAACGCAAUGCUUCGACGUGGUCUCCAAGCUCGAAUGUCCAGAUCCUGAAAUCUGGAAGCGAUAUAUGAAACGCUUCGCCAAGACCAUCGUCAAAGUUUUAGUAGCUUACGCUGACAUCGUAAAAAAGGAAUUCCCCGAGCAUUUGAAGGAGGAACGAGUGGCAUGCAUAUUGAUGAACAACAUCCAGCAACUGCGAGUUCAAUUAGAGAAGAUGUUCGAAGCGAUGGGUGGGACUAAGUUGGAGCGAGAUGCCGCCGAUAUUUUACAUGAUUUGCAACAAAGGUUGAACAGUACAUUAGAUGAACUCGCAUCCAUGUUUGCUAACAGUUUGGAGACCCGUAUAACUGCGAGUGUAAAAGAACUUGGGGAACUACUGCAGAAAGUCGGCGGAGGUGGAGCACCUGGAGCGCCACAACCACCAGCUCAUCAUGAGGCUGAUGAAGUGUUGAGGCCACUAAUGGAUAUAUUGGAUGGUUCUCUCACGAUGUACGCCGAGUCCUGUGAAAAGACUGUUCUCAAACGACUGCUUAAGGAAUUGUGGAAGGUUGUGAUGAAGAUAUUAGAAAAGACUGUAGUGCUUCCGCCGAUGACUGAUAAAACGAUGAUGCUUAAAAAUCUAACAAAUAAUGCCAAAAACUUGGCAGCAAAUGCCAAGAUAGAGGACAUGACACAACUAUUUAAAAGCACGGUUGGGAAGCAGGAUGUAAAGCAUGCGCUGUCAGGAGUCAUGGAUAUUUCUAAAGAGCAUUUAUCAGCUGAAAAGAGUUUAACUCCAAAACAGUGUGCAGUCCUUGACGCCGCCCUAGAUACCAUCAAGCUCUACUUCCAUGCAGGAGGUAACGGCCUGAAGAAGACCUUCCUCGAGAAAAGUCCGGAACUGCAGUCACUAAGAUACGCACUCAGUCUUUACACGCAGACAACUGACACAUUGAUUAGAACCUUUGUAACCAGUCAACAGAAUCAAGAUGCUGCUGUGGCUGAAGAAGGAAGCGUAGGUGAAGUAAGUCUACAAGUUGAUCUAUUCACUCACCCUGGCACUGGCGAACAUAAAAUCACUGUCAAAGUGGUAGCAGCAAACGACUUAAAGUGGGUGAUAGCCAGUGGUAUGUUCCGUCCGUUCAUUGAAGUAAACCUCAUAGGGCCACAUCUCGCUGACAAGAAGCGGAAAUUUGCGACAAAGUCUAAAAGCAACAACUGGAGUCCUAAAUUCAAUGAAACUUUCCACUUUAUGGUAAGCGCGACGGAACAGUUGGAAUUAUUUGAGCUGCAUGUUUGUGUACGAGACUACUGCUUUGCUCGGGAGGAUCGCCUUGUCGGCGUAGCAGUUAUGAGGCUCGCUGAUAUUGCCGAACAGGGCUCAUGUGCCUGCUGGCUGCCUCUCGGCACCCGAGUCAAGAUGGACGAGACCGGCUGGACGAUACUACGAAUACUCUCUCAGAGACAUAGUGACGAGGUAGCUAGAGAGUUUGUCAAGCUUAAGUCAGAGAUGAGAGCGGAAGCACCUACUGGAGGCCAAGGACCUUCGUGA